GUCUGGUUGUUUACAAUCUCUGCGGCUAAACAUGGCCGCCAACAAACUCAGUAGUGCUAGUUAGAGGUUCAUCAAACUUAUAUCUUCUACUUUCAUGAGUCUUAAACUGUAAAUCAGGCUGCGGUGCGAUUGUGGAUUUAAAUAUUUACCCUCCUUGUCGCUAGUUUGAUUUUUAUCUCCUCUCCCUGUGACCCGUUAGCCGCCGAAGCUAGGUAGCGAGCUAGCUUCUCCAUAGGGAACAAUGACAGCGACGUCUGCAGGAAGCGGUGGCUGCCCUCCUGCCAAAGGUCUGGACAUAAGUCUGGCGGCCCUGCAGCGACAGGACCCGUACAUCAACGACAUCGUGGACGUGGCCAGCCAGGUGGCUCUGUAUACUUACAACAACAGGGCGAACGAGUGGGAGAAGACCGAGGUGGAAGGAACACUGUUUAUUUACACAAGGCUGGCAUCUCCCAGGCAUGGUUUCACUAUAAUGAACCGACUCAACAUGGAGAACCUGACAGAGCCAAUCACCAAAGACCUGGACUUCCAGCUCCAGGACCCCUUCCUGCUGUACCGCAAUGCACGAUUGGUUAUCCACGGGAUUUGGUUCUACGAUAAGCAGGACUGCAAGCGCAUCGCCCAGAGGAUGACAAUUCUGACCCAGCAGGAGCAGACCGUGGCUCAGUCUCAAGGCGGUUGGUUGUCCCCAGCCGGAGGAGGAGUUGUUAUUGGACGUGGAGGAGUAACAGGUGGUGGUGGUGGUGGUGGUGGAGGAGGAGGAGGAGGAGGAGGAGAUAGAAGGGAAGGAAAGGGGGUAGACAUCAUCCAGAUGUUGACCAAAGCACGCACAGAGUAUGACAAGGUUGGCAAGGAAAAUUCUCCAUCUGAGCCAAAAGAGAUUGGUGGCAGCAGUGUUCUGUUUGGAAACCCCAACCUGAUAAAACCAAUACCUGUUAAACCUAAUGCUAAGGACAGUGAAGCUGCUCAACCCAAGACUCUCUCUCUGGCCACUCUCUUUGGAUCUCAACAUCACCGCUCACCCAAGCAAGACCCCGUCUCUCCUGUGUCGCCAGCAGGGAAAGUCUCUCGCCCUCCCGUGGCCCGCACACUGACCUACGACGAUUCGAUGAACUCUGGCAGAAGUUUGACCUCAAAGGGAGGUAAUGCUGGGUGUUCAGACGGAGGGAUGAGGGCUGUAGUCCGGGAAGAUGGUGGAAAUGUUGUUGCAGGCCUGCUGCCGACUCCCGCUUCCUCUCAUCAUCAGCAGCAGCAGCAGCGGCAGCAGGAACAGCAGCAGCACUGCCCAGCCAUCCAGAAGCUCAUGCAGGGGCAGAGAGGGGUCGUCGGGAUGCUUCAGACCGUGUCCGAGUCCCCCGAGAACAGGCUAUGCGACAACGGGGUGCCACUGGAGCAUCACCAUCACCAUGUUUACCCUCAUCAUCAUCAACAGCAGCAGCACCAUCAUCAUCAUCAUCAUCACCAUCAAGAACAACAACAUCACCAUCAAGAGCAACAACAACUUCAACUCGACCCAAUCAAGAGACUUUUCCUAACCCAGCCACCUCCUUCCCCUUCCACCACCUUCCCCUCUGUUGCUGCCCCCUGUUGCUCCAACCCCCCUCCUCUGCUGCAGAACCCCCACCUCUUGUCCCAGCCCAUGAUGGUGGAUUCUGGGUCAUGUUCCCACCUUCAAGUGCAACAAAACCAGCAGCUGUUUUUCAGCCUCUCUAAACCUCAACUAGAAGCCCAGCACAACAGCCACUCAGCUUCAACUCUGCAGGGAGCAGGUUUGUUUCCAUCUCAGGUGAUCAAUGACAACGUUAUUCAACCUUCACAAGGUCUACCCUCUCAGAUGCCAGGUGUGGUGUCUCCUCAUGAGCUCCUCCAUAAGCUCCAGUUGGUCCAGCAGGAGCAAAGCCUGGCUUCCAGUGAUCCUCCUCGACUCGGUCCAGGACUGGCCCCUCGAUUCCUGGGGCCCUCUCCGAGUCAAAGUGUCGGCCCAGCCCCAAAUCAGAUCCCAGCCACCGCAGGUCAAAGGGCUGCCCUGCAGUUUCAGGUCAUCUCCCCCCAGAGAAUACCAGCCACUGUGGCCCCCACCAUGCUCCUCUCUCCCAGUGUGUUCUCUCAGACAAAGUCAAACUGUGGGUUGACGGCAGUCGCUCAGGAGAACUCCCCCGUCCCUCACCCCAGACCCCCGCUCCAGGAGGAGGUCCGAGUUCUGUCCAGAGGUCAGAUCCAAGCCACCCUCCUGCAUCUGAUCCAGAGUGACAGCUCUUUCAUGGAAACAAUCUAUGAAACCUACAUCAGCCGCUUCGCUAACGACUCCAGCACCAAGUACCAAUGACUCUUUACACCCUCUGUCUAUACAUGCACCCUGUCCAGGUCAGUGAGGCUAAUUCUCACGCCUGAUAUGGAUGUACAACCUCCUCCUCCUGAACCCCACUCCAUGCACACGCAUAUGCACAAAUGUAUACCGGGUGUAUCACCUCUGUACUGUACAACCAGGCAACCUGACUCUCUGAACUUCAAACCACGCAGCUCAAUUUACAUCAAAAAGCAAAAUUAUUUGUUUCAAAAUGAGACAAUAGGAAACUUCUCUUCAUGUGGAUCUCCAAGGAAAUGUCUCAAUCUGAGGAGUUAUUGGUACAAAUGUGGCAGAACCGAUACAGUCUUGACCUCACCAGGAGAGAGAUGUAGCCUAUUCUGUGGUUCACUCUCACUGAAAACACAAUAUGCAGCCGCUUUAAUUUUCUCAAAGUGUUUUUACCAAGUGUAGCGAUUUUAUUUUGUCUCGUCACAAUCUGGAGUCUUGACUUCAACCAACCAACACCAGCCGGCCUCCUGGGCGUUGACAAGCAAGUCUUCCUCGUCUUAAGAACUUGUGCUGAAGAAUCUGCUCAAACUGGUAGAAAUGUAAACAUGUUAAACAUGUUUUCUUUAUGUUCAUUCGGAGAUGUAUUACAGGUUUAAACGUCAAAAGAGUUUGUUGGAUUUUAAUUUAAAAUUGUUUUAAAGUAAAUUCUGAGUAGUUUACUUUCUAAAGGAUUUUUAAUAAAGGAUGAUUUACUCUCCAGAUUGAGGUUACUAAAAUGAUUUUGAAUUUUUUUAUAGCUAACACCAGAUGUGAUAUUUGCAUUAUUUUAGUUGACUGGCUGAAGUUAUGUCCCCGUGUGAAGGAUAUAAACUCAUUUAAUUUCACACACUCUGGUGCUCUAUUAGUCUUAUUCCUCCUGCUGAACAUUCUUAUCAUUACAGAGGAGCUCAAAAUGACAUGGUUAUCAUUUCACUUGAAGAAACAAGGAAACUACAGGAGCUUUUCAGCCUGCACUACCUCACAGAGAGCUAGUUUAGAGGUGUACCUGUGUUUUUAACUAAUAAUAGCAGAUUGUCAUUGAUGUUAUUGGGCAGUUUUAAGAGUAAAUAUACAAAUAUCUAUAAUCUAAAUAGGAUUUUUAUUUCAGUCGAAGAAGAAAGACAUUGAAGAAGUAUCCAACACAGAAACCGAGAGACCAUCAAAAGCUGAAUUGCCACUUGUCAUCUUUUGUUGUACCUUUAAAAUAUAAUAAUUUUGCGUUCAUGACACAAUUCAUGAACACUCAUCCUGACACAUACAGAAACUAAUUGAUCAGAUGGUUUGACAGUUAAAUAAAUUAUUGAUUGGUUAAAAAGAGUUUUUAACGCAAUAAUGAGCGAAACAGAAAGUAUAUACAAAUACAUGCUAUAAUAAUGUUUUGGAGUUUACAGGCCUGUCCGAGACAAAUAUUGUGUAAAACAAUAUAUGUGCUGUAAAAGUCAGUCGAUACAUAUGCUUAAUUUUUUUCAGGAUCAGGGUUUGAAAUGUGAGUUUAGCUCCUGUGCUAAUCUCACCUGACGGCCAGUAGCCACGAGAGACUUCACAAAAACAGCAGCAGCAGCAAAAAAAGAAAAAAACAUUUCAGAGAAAAAAACAGAAAAUAUUUUUCUCCCUAUUUUUCUAAGAUUCAAAGCGUAUCGUUUUCGCAGUACAGAUAAAGAAGAUGUUUCAUUAUAUAUGUAUAUGGACAGCUCUUCGUCAAAUGGGGUUAUGAUUUAAAAGAUGUCACCCGUAAUCUUUUUCUAAACAUGUCAUUUGAAAAAAAAUCAUUCAAAUGUUGAAUUUCUAUCAGGAAUGUUUUUGCUCGUACAGAAACUGGAAUAUAUUUUAAUUGGAUAUUAAAUGUUCUCAAACCGC